UUUAGACAGCGAGAAAGAAGAAUGGAUCAGGGGAAUUGUUCUUCGUUUUCUAAGUUUAUUUUCCUGGGAAUUAGCAAUAAUCCUGAUAUGAAACUGAUUUUAUUUACCACAUUUCUACUUGUCUAUCUCACUAACCUCCUGGCAAAUCUUGGAAUGAUCAUCUUAAUUAGACUGGAUUCCCGGCUGCACACCCCAAUGUACUUUUUCCUCAGUCACCUCUCAUUCUGUGACCUCUGCUACUCCACUGCAAUUGGACCCAGGAUGCUGGUGGACAUAUUUGCCACAGACAGGUCAAUUCCCUUCUAUGGCUGUGCUCUGCAGUUUUUCAUUUCCUGCAUCUUUGUUGAUUCUGAGUGUCUGCUGCUGGCAGUGAUGGCCUUUGAUCGCUACAAGGCCAUUAGCAACCCCUUGCUCUACACAGUCAACAUGUCCAGCAGGGUGUGCUCUCUGCUCAUGGCUGGGGUUUACCUGGUGGGAAUGACAGAUUCUUUGAUACAUACAUCGUUAACAUUCCGCUUAUGCUUCUGUGGGUCUAAUGAGAUUAAUCAUUUCUUCUGUGAUAUCCCCCCUCUGCUAUUUCUGUCAUGCUCAAAUACCCAGAUCAAUGAGUUAGCAUUAUUCACCAUUUUUGGUUUCCUUGAGCUGAGUACCAUUUCAGGAGUUCUUGUCUCUUAUUGCUACAUCAUCUCAUCCGUUUUGAAGAUCCGCUCUGCUGAGGGACGGUUCAAAGCUUUCUCCACCUGCACCUCCCACUUCACUGCAGUUGCGAUUUUCCAGGGCACCAUGCUCUUCAUGUACUUCAGGCCAAGUUCUUCCUACUCUCUAGAUGAGGACAAGAUGACCUCACUGUUUUACACCCUGGUAAUUCCCAUGUUGAACCCUCUGAUUUACAGCCUGCGGAACAAGGAUGUGAAAGAGGCCCUAGAGAAACUGAAAAAUCAAUGCUGGUUUUAA